UGAUGUGUGUAAAUGAAUGGAUUUUGUAGCGUUUAUUUAUUUAUUUUGCAUAUGUUAAACAAAAAACCUCCAGAAAUUUUCCAUGGAGCAUUUUGAACAAGAUUUAGUUGAGGCUCUUAAAGAUGUUGUAAAAGCCGGGAGCUGGCAGUGUGUCGGAGAAGCAGCCAGGUUCAAGUCACCGUGCACCAAGUUUUAUUCUGAGGAUGGAGAGCAUAUCGUACUUGUGCGAACAGAGGACGGACGCUUUUGGGCGAUGGACUCGUCCUGUCCACAUGAAGGAGGCCCACUUGACCAAGGAGACAUCGAGGAUCUUGGAGAUGGCAAACUGGCACUAAUAUGCCCAUGGCACUAUUUUGAUUUUUGCCUGGAGACAGGCUCGUCCUCCACAGGACUACAGAAUCAAGUCUACAGUGUUAGAGUAGUGGAUGAAAAGCUGUAUAUAAAUACUCCGAGUCAGUUGUCUCUCUAUCCAGUUCCUGUGGGAAAAAAGACAAAGCAAGAUGCCUUGUUGCCCAUGGAAACGAAGUUAGACUCUUCCGAAAAUACACUCUGUUUCUGGGCUACGAAAAUCCUCUCUACUCCAGACCCACUAGAAAAGGUGGCCUUGACUAAGCAAGUACAGAGCCUGUGGGACACUAGGGAAAUAACAGAGAUUGGUGAAUGUGCACCACCAGCGCAGCCAAGCAGAAUAGAUAGCCUGACUGUGGUGGAGCCAGGCAAAAUCAAACGUGGAAAAGGAGGCACACAGGCAAGCAGAAUAGCUUUGCUUCAUUCUAUGGCUAACAUAGAGCAGUGGGCGAUUGACCUCUCAUGGGACAUCAUCGCUCGGUUCUCUACAUUCAAGCUGAGCUCCGGGGACUCCCUACCACGGGAUUUCUUUUGCGAUUUUGUCAAAGUAGCCGGCGAUGAAGCCAAGCAUUAUGAAUUAUUAGAGCAAAGGAUCAAGGAGCUUGGCAGCUCUUUUGGUGCCCUACCAGUACAUAAUGGUUUGUGGCAGUCAGCAGCAGAAACGUCACAUGAUCUUCUGGCUAGACUGGCUAUAGUGCACAUGGUCCAUGAGGCUAGGGGCUUAGAUGUGCACCCUCAGACGUUGUCCCGCUUUGCAGCACAAGAAGACACAAGCUCAGUAAAGAUCCUGGAGGUGAUUUAUUCUGAUGAGAUAACGCACGUGGCUGCCGGACUCCGAUGGUUCACUUACAUUUGCUCAAAAGAGGAACGGAACUGUGUGGAAACCUUCCAUGAAUUAGUUAAACUGCAUUUCAAAGGGUAUUUGAAGCCUCCGUUUAACACAGAGGGAAGGAAAACAGCAGGGAUGACAGAGGAGUGGUAUGUUCCACUUGUUAAACCAUCCAGCUGACUGAAGACAAGCUGCUACACUUGCUCCGAUAUACACACUGUAUCUGUCAGGAUCUGUAUGUCUAUUACAGUAAACAUAUGGUUUAGCUGAUUUUAGUUUCUAUUUGCUGUCGUGAAAUUUGUUGGUUAUUUAUACAGAAUAAAAGUAUUGCUUCUA